CUUGAUAUUAUGGCUCAGUUUUGCUUCGGUGAUUCCAAGAUCUGGGCGCACGUUUCGUGUACGGUAAUGUUAAGAAGAGCGGGCGAUAAUCGCAAUUAAUGUUUGGCGUUCCGUGUAAAAAUUCGGAAAUUGUAGCGUGUGCUCAAGGUGGUGUCAUCCAAACAGUGUCAAAUUAAUCCGAUCCUUAAAGGAUCCCAAAAAAGGACAUCUUUGUGUUUGGGGAAAAUUAAUGGUGGCGUGACAUUGUUUGAGAGACACGCAAAGGAAAAUUACACUUAGGAUCGGAACCCAAAGAAAGUAAAAAUGAAAGUGAUUCGUUUUCUUCUGCCAUGUCUGCUAGUUGCGAUGAGCUACGCUAAUCCGGCUCUGGAUAACGGAGGACCCAUCAAUCAUGUGGCUCCAUCAACGGUCGUCAAAACGGCCCUGGAAGAUUCCUUCGUGAAGCGGCUUGGGGCCAAGUGCACCCAAAAGGAUAACAGCUCCUGUGUGAUGCUCAAGCUGGUGAGCUACAUGAACCGGAUGCUGAAGAAGUCCAGCAUUGCCCUGGGCGAUAGUGUAGAACUGCUGAGGACGAGAUCGGAUGGCACGGCGGACGAUCCGGAGGAGCUCUCGGUGCUGGCACGCUCCAGCAGUUCCGAUGACCACAAGCUGAGUGUUAUUGUGGCCGACAAGAUUUGGCGUUUCAUUCAGAGCCGCAGCGUCAAGUGGCGGGCCUUCCAGGCGGCGGAUUUAGUGGUGGCCACGGGCGAAGGUGGCAAACUGAACUUCGGUGUGUCGAUGGAUGCCAGAAAAUUCUUCGAAGAAGGUCGAGGCAGAAUGAAACACUACGGUCCGAUGCUGAUGGCGUUCUUCAUGAAGGCCGGCAUUAUGGGUGCACUGGUGCUGAAGGGAAUCGCGUUGCUGGUGGGAAAAGCUCUACUAGUGAGCAAGCUGGCACUUCUGUUAGCCGGUAUUAUCGGAAUUAAGAAGCUGUUGCACAAAAAACAUGUUACAUAUGAGGUGGUGGCCCACCCGCCAGAGCAUCAUCAUCACAUCGACAGCUACAGCGCUGGCUGGGCUCGUGCCAUCGAUGGUUUCGUUGAGUCGUUUACCAAGGGCCUGGAAAGCAAACUGACGGCCAAGGAUGCCGACGAGCUCGCAUACGGGGGACAGAUGCCACUGUAACCGUUUUUCCUUUCUUAUGACAUGUCUUCCAUGUCCUAGGAGUGGUAUUUUUUUCUCUCUGGUACCUGAAACUUCAACUCUGAAAAGCAAUUCUGUCCUGUGAUAGUUACUUCUUUCGCCAUAUUAUUACUUUAACCCACUGGAGCUGCCUUCUUCAAACGAGUAAUUUGUAGUUAUUUAUUCGCUUUAUUUAUUCAAUAAAAUCUGAUCAAAUUCA